AAUUCAGGCAGUUAUUCUGCAAGCAGGUGUGACUGGCUGAUUUCUGGGUCUUGCUGCUUCCCAGUGACCUCAGCACGAGAAAGUCACAGAUCUACAGGCUUGACAAUGCAUCUCUGUCAGCCUUUCAAAGCUCUGGUUCUGGCCAUGGCGUUGAUGAUGGCAUCAGGUGUGGAUAUAAAUAAACAUGAAAAGAACAUGAAUUCAUGCCCUGUCAUUCAAUGUUGUGCUCCUGGAACCAAUGGUUUACCAGGCAGAGAUGGAAGAGAUGGGAAAGAGGGUCCCAAAGGAGAAAAGGGAGAUCAAGGAGCAGGACUGAGGGGUUUGCAGGGUUUCCCUGGAAAGGCAGGACCUCAGGGAACAAAAGGAGAUCAAGGACCACAAGGCGAAAAAGGACAAAAGGGAGAAAGUGCAAGUGAGAAGUCAACUCUCUCUGACUCAGCAUUUGAUGCUCUUCAAAGACAAGUAACUGCUUUGGAAAAGAAUAUCCAGACUCUUCAAGCUGACAUUAGCAGACACCAAAAGUUUUUUUCUUUUCGGCGGGUCAAGAGUGUUGGUAAGAAAACAUUUAUGUCAACGGGUACAAAAGAUUCUUUUGAAAAUGGAAAAUCCCUGUGCACAAAAGCUGGAGGUGCACUCGCCUGUCCACACAAUCAUGCUGAGAACACAGCCUUGAAGCAGGAGAAGCCGUGGGAGCAGGAAUGGAUUUGUUUGAAUUGUCUGUGCCCCUGCACACAUGCAGUGAGCUGGGCAAGGUGACGCAGCUAGGAGGGCUAGUUCUUCUAUGGCACUGUUUAGCAGUAGUUCUCAAAGCGCUUUACAAAGGAGAUGCCUGGAUCAUGCUGGUGAAAGUGGCUGGAGUAAAGCUAAGCACUCAUGAGGCGGCUUUAAUCAUA